CAACUAUAAAUGGGUUCUGUGUUUACUGUUAGCCAGUUAGAGCUCUUUGUUUUUUUCAUAACCUCAAAAUCAAAAUGUCCCGGCUAUGUUGCAGCCUACAUUGUUUGCCAUAACUGUUCGAGGGCAGAUACUGUAAAAGAUACUGAUAAACUUUUUUAGGAUAUAGAUACAUUUUUAUUAACUUUUUUGUUGUUGUUGUUUUUCCUCCACUUGUAAUUGAAGAGGAAGCCUGCUCUGGGGAAAAAAACCGCUGCAUAAGGUCAUCUUACAGUUUAGAGAAGGUCUACGUUGAAGGUGGCAGCCAUGGUGUUGAUUCUGGGCAGAAGGAUGAACAGGGAGGAAUCUGGGAUCAGAGAUUCACCAGCUGUCAAACGCAAGGUGUUUGAGGUUGACUCCAAAACUUUAGCCAGCCCGGAUGUGUUGGACUUCUGCUCCGGUUCGUCCCACUCCGACGGCAUCCUGCAGGUCUUCAACGAGUUUCGCGACUGCCGCCUGUUCACCGACGUUGUGAUCAGCGUGCAGGGCCGCGAGUUCCCCUGCCACCGUGCCGUGCUCUCGGCCUGCUCCUCCUACUUCAGAGCCAUGUUCUGCAACGAUCACCGCGAGAGCCGCGAGAUGCUGGUCGAGAUCAAUGGCAUCCUGGCCGAGGCGAUGGACUCCUUCCUCACCUAUGUUUACACCGGCCGCGCCAAGAUCACCACCGAGAACGUCCAGUUCCUCUUCGAGACCUCCAGCCUCUUCCAGAUCGCCACGCUGCGUGAUGCCUGUGCCAAGUUCCUGGAGGACCAGCUGGACCCGUGCAACUGCCUGGGCAUCCAGCGCUUCGCAGAUGCCCAUUCCCUGAAGCAUCUAGCCAGCCGCUGCCGCAGCUACACCCUGGCCAACUUCUCAGAGGUGGCGCAGCAUGAGGAGUUCCUCGACCUACACAAGGAGGAGCUGGAGGAGUACACCGGCAGUGAUGAGCUGUCCAUCGGUAAGGAGGAGGUGGUGUUUGAGGCGGUGAUGCGAUGGGUGUACAAUAAUGUGGAGCACAGAAAGCCCAUGCUGAAGGCCCUGCUGCAGAAUGUGCGCCUGCCCCUUCUGCACCCCAACUACUUUGUCCAGACAGUGGAGGGAGACUUGCUCAUCCAGAAUGCUCCAGAGUGCUACCAGCUUCUCCACGAGGCCAGGCGCUACCACGUGCUUGGGAAUGAAAUGAUGUCACCCAGAACUCGUCCACGCAGGUCGACUGGCUUCUCUGAGGUGAUUGUGGUGGUGGGGGGUUGUGAGAGAAUAGGGGGCUUCAACCUUCCCUACACUGAAUGCUAUGAUCCAGUGACAGGAGAGUGGAAAUCACUGGCCAAACUACCUGAGUUCACCAAAUCAGAGUAUGCUGUCUGCGCCCUCCGCAAUGACAUUCUGGUGUCAGGUGGUCGUAUCAACAGCAGGGACGUGUGGAUGUACAACUCCCAGCUCAACCUGUGGAUCAGAGUGGCUUCUCUGAACAAAGGCCGCUGGAGACACAAGAUGGGUGUCCUACUGGGCAAGGUCUAUGCGGUAGGUGGCUACGAUGGGCAGAGCCGCCUGAGCAGCGUGGAGUGUUACGACUCCUUCUCCAACCGCUGGACAGAGGUGGCUCCCAUGAAAGAGGCCGUCAGCUCUCCGGCCGUGGCCAGCUGCGCCGGCAAGCUCUUUGUCAUAGGAGGAGGGCCUGACGACGACACUUGUUCAGACAAGGUUCAGUGCUAUGAUCCAGAGACAGACACUUGGUUACUACGGGCCAACAUCCCCAUCGCAAAGCGCUGUAUCACAGCAGUGUCCCUCAACAACCUGAUCUACGUGUGUGGUGGUCUCACCAAGUCCAUAUUCUGCUACGACCCUGCAGAGGACUAUUGGAUGCAUGUGGUUCAAACCUUUAACAAACAGGAGAGCUGUGGCAUGUCAGUGUGCAAUGGUAAGAUCUUCAUCCUUGGUGGCAGAGGGGAAAGUGGCGAAGCAACAGACACCAUCCUGUGUUACGACCCGGCAACAGGCAUCAUCACGGGAGUGGCAGCCAUGCCGAGGCCGAUCUCCUACCAUGGCUGUGUAACCAUCCACCGCUACAAUGAAAAGUACCAAAGGCCCUGACCAUAAACAAACAUACAGAUCCUGAACACACACACACACACACACACACACACACACACACACACACACUCUCAC